AAAAAGAGAAAGUUCCAGAAAUAUCUCUUGUCAGAAAGGAGGGCAGAAGCAACAGUUCAUAAUCAUUGCUGUUUUUCUCACUUUUGUCUGAUAUUACUUCCAAAGGAUACCUAAAGUCUGCAGAACUACUUCAAGAUGUGUAGCUCUGUUGUUCCCAGGCUCUGGUUUUUAACAGAUCGACGUAUCCGAGAAGAUUAUCCUCAGCAGGAAAUUCUAAGGGCACUUAAAGCCAAAUGUUGUGAAGAGGAUCUAGACUUCCGUGCUUUGCUGAUGGAUGAAGUGGUCUUGACCAUUGAGCAAGGAAACCUGGGUCUUCGGGUCAAUGGAGAACUCAUCACUGCUUACCCACAAGUAGUGGUGGUUCGUGUACCAACACCAUGGGUGCAGAGUGAUAGUGAUAUUACAGUCCUUCGCCAUCUGGAGAAGAUAGGCUGCCGGCUAAUGAACCGUCCACAAGCCAUACUUAAUUGUGUCAACAAGUUCUGGACAUUCCAAGAAUUGGCUGGUCAUGGUGUGCCUCUUCCAGAUACUUUUUCUUAUGGAGGUCAUGAAAACUUUGCCAAAAUGAUUGAUGAAGCAGAAGUGUUGGAGUUCCCCAUGGUUGUGAAGAACACACGAGGUCAUAGAGGAAAAGCUGUGUUUCUAGCCAGAGACAAACACCAUCUGGCAGACCUGAGCCAUCUAAUUCGUCAUGAAGCCCCUUAUCUAUUCCAAAAAUAUAUCCAGGAGUCUCAUGGCAAAGAUGUUCGUGUCAUCGUGGUAGGAGGCCGUGUCGUGGGCACUAUGCUGCGUUGCUCAACAGAUGGUAGAAUGCAGAGCAAUUGCUCACUUGGUGGUAUAGGUAUGAUGUGCUCGCUCAGUGAACAAGGGAAACAACUGGCGGUCCAAGUUUCUAACAUCUUGGGGAUGGAUAUCUGUGGCAUCGACCUCCUAAUGAAGGAUGAUGGCUCGUUCUGCGUCUGUGAGGCCAAUGCAAAUGUAGGUUUCAUUGCCUUUGACAAGGCUUGCAAUCUAGAUGUAGCUGGUAUCAUAGCGGACUAUGCCGCUUCACUGCUUCCUCCCAGUCGCUUGACACGACGCAUGUCCUUGCUCUCUGUGGUAUCCACGGCUAGCGAGACUAGCGAGCCAGAGCUGGGACCUCCAGCUAGUGCCACUGUCGACAAUAUGAGUGCUAGCUCCAGCUCUGUCGACAGCGACCCUGAAACCACAGAGAGAGAGUUGCUCACCAAGCUGCCGGGAGGGAUAUUCAAUAUGAACCAGCUAAUAGCCAAUGAGAUUAAGCUCCUAGUGGAGUAAUGCCACAUGUAAAUAACUAUGACCAACUUUCUUGUAAAUUUUUUUAAAAUACAACCAACUUGUAGUACUGUUUAUUGGAAGCAGCUUAUGGAGGUGAGGUGAGGGUUUUAACUUGGGGAUCAGAAUCAAAACAUGCAUGUUCUGUGAAUGCUGCUUUUGUUACCUAUUAAUCUUACAGAACAUAUGUUUAGUUGUUAUUUUUAACAACUAUUUUUCAUUUGAUAAUAUUCUGUUUAAAGUCUGCAUUGGGAAAUGGGAGAAAAGAACUCGAUAAAACUUCUGUUUUUGAUAGGGAUGCCAUUAUGAUCUUUGAACUCAUAUGAAAAUGUUUCAUCUUGAUUUAUGCUAUUUGCAACUGGAAAGGUUGAUGCUACAAAAGCACCCAUGAAUUAAUACUUUGCCAACCAUCCCCUCACCUCAUUGGAGCUCAUUCUUGUUAUUAUAUGCCUUUUGCUUUAUGUCCUAUAGGAGUGGAGAGAAAUUAGAACAGCCAUUUUUUUAUUUCGUUCAAAGGUUCUAAAUAUCAGCAUUUCUAUUAUCAAUUAGAUCUGUAAAAUUGUAUCCCUGGCAAACAAUCCACAAUGGCCUAUGAAAUUCCAGACUUUAAGCAGUUUUACAGGGUGCAACUUUGAUUAGUUCUACACGAGUUUUUGAAAUAAACCUGCAACUUCUGCCAUUUCUGUAUUAACAGGUGUCCGCAUGCUUAGAUUUAAAACCAAAUUCACUUUCCUUGGGAGAAAAAAAUUACUAUGUAUCUGGAUUUUAAAAAUAAUCUUAAAACCUAGCUUCAGAUCAGGAAAGGGAGAAACUGUGUAAAAUUCAGUUUGGGCUAUUGGCAGAAGUGGCAUGUUUUCUUUUGCACAAGAACUGAGAUAAACAGCACUGUUAACUUUUGGUGUACAAAAUAAUGUUUAAUCCAAUGUGAAAAAGAAUAACACUAGUUUAAAACAAAUGUGCAUUGACUUGUAUUUGUUAGUGUUUUAGUCCUUUUUGCAAGAUAUAUGCUGUGUUACUGUUUCAUUUUUAAUACAUGCUCGUCCAACACUUCUUUCUCCAUGCCUAUAUCUUUAACAGGGGCCCAAUUUGAAAAAUACCUGUACUACUCAACAUCACCACUAAUAGUAACAAACUUAUAAAAAAAAAUCUGAUACCUAGAAAAUAUGGGAGGGGUGUGGAGGAGGGUUGAAAUGGUUGCAAAUUUCAAAACUAUAUUUUGUAAAUUUAAUGCAUUACUAUUAUUGAUAGUAGCUUUCCUUUAUAGAAGGAAAGUGGCCUGAUUUACCAAGGAUAAAUCCUGAAAGAAACAAGAAGGUUUUGGUUUUGGGAAACACUUUGCCAGUAAGGCCCAGCCAGAAUGGGAAUAUGAUUUAACACCACCAGUGUGUGGAUCUCAGCCCCCUUUGUAUGUGUCUGUAUUUUGCUUUGUUUUUGUCAUUAAUUUUUGUCUGUCCAGUUCGUCAGUCUUUUUUCCAGAAUGCCUGAUGAUCUCCUCUCCCAGUCCAUCCCUGAUACUUCUGGCUGUGCAUUUUCUUAUUAAAUUUGGUAAAAGAACCAAAACAACAGCUUUUGGUCUGUUUUAAUGGCCUCAUUUUCCUCCUCCUCACCCAUUUCUCACUUAUUUAUUUACUUUGGAGUUUAUACCGUAUUAAAAUUAUAGAAAAAUGUAAAUAAAAUCCUGUUACUUUAAAAAUAGCCAUCCACAACACGACACAGUAGAAUGUUUGUAACAGCAAGUUGGCUUAUGAAAGGGUUUUGGAGGGUGGGCAGCUUCUGUGUACAGGGUGGUUUUGUCUCAGUGCUUCAGAAUAGCAAUUUACCCUCCAGAGCUCUGAGCUUCAUUCCACUGGCCAACUUCACCACUCAACUGUCUUAACUUUCACUUGGGUAUUAAACACCACUUGUGAACACUUUACAGAGACACUAAGAAUAAAUAGAAAAGUGUUAGCCUGCUUUCAUGAAGGUUGAUCAUGCCUAUUUGUACAGUUUUUAAAAAUGCAAUAAUGAUAUUUUUGUAGAAUUAAAUGUUAUUGUUAAAAGUAAAAUAGAAGGAUGAUUGUUGGCAUUAGCUGAUGAAGCAAAAGCAAUAUUUU